GACAUACGAAAAACUACGUUUCUCUAUAAAAGCAACACAAUAUUAUUCGAUUGCUCCAGUUUACAAUAAGCAUCGCUUCAAUUCAUACACCUGACACAAACACAUUAUCACAAACAUAAAACAUGUCUUUGGAACGUCAAGUGCGUGCUAAGCUCGCUAGCAAACGUGAUCCAGAACAAGAGAGACAAGCACAAGAAUGGAUUGAAUCCGUAUUAGGUGCUAAAUUCCCACCAGGUGAAGCUUUUGAAGAUGUUCUUAAGGAUGGUACUGUUCUCUGUCAAGUAAUGAACAAAUUGAAACCCGGAAGCAUCCCAAAAAUUAACACAUCUGGUGGCCAAUUCAAAUUGAUGGAAAACAUCAACAACUUCCAAAAAGCAUUGAAAGAAUAUGGAGUUGCUGAUAUUGAUGUAUUCCAAACUGUUGAUUUAUGGGAAAAGAAAGAUAUUGCCCAAGUAACAUGCACUUUAUUCGCUCUUGGCCGUGAAACAUACAGACACUCAGAAUGGAAAGGACCAUACUUAGGACCAAAACCAUCAGAGGAAAACAAACGUGACUUCACUGAAGAACAAUUGAAAGCUGGUCAAACCAUUGUUGGUUUACAAGCUGGUUCAAACAAAGGUGCCACUCAAGCUGGACAAAAUCUUGGUGCCGGACGUAAAAUUUUACUUGGAAAGUAAAAUAAUAUAAAAUGAUAGAUCAAUCAUUUUUAUUUUUGUAUAUAC